AAAAAAAUCAUGGCGGAAGAAAACAAAUUAGAUAUUUUGUCUUCUUCAGAUCAGCAGGAAAAACCAAAAGGGAACAAAUUGCAUUUUAGUUUAAUUCAUAAUUAUCCUCAGAAAAAUGCAGAGAUCCUGAGCAGCCAAUAUGGGUUCAAUGUCUUCUUGGCCGGACUGCUGUUGAUGUUUGCUUGGGCUAUCCAUGCUGUUGGGAUAACAGACAGAGAUUUGCUUUCUUACCUUAUCACUUUGAUGCUAAUACAACUGGUCUGGAUGCUAUGGUAUAUUUUUGGAAGUUACAGUCAAAGACGGUCAAUCAUAGAGAAAGAUACAGAUGCUGGAGCGAGGUGGUUAAGAUGCGGUAUUACUCUUUUUGCCGUUAUCACUCUUAUUUUGGAUUCUUUUAAAAUUGGUUAUUACAUUGGAUAUUCGGAGUGUUUAUCGAUAACGGAAGGGAUUUUUCCUGUCACUCAUACAAUUCACACACUUUUACAGGUUUACUUCUUAUGGUUCCAUGCCAAGGAUAUCAUCCAGUCCUUUAAAACUCUUGAAAGAUUUGGCUUGAUCCAUGCUGUGUUCACCAACCUCCUCCUCUGGGCUAAUGGAAUACUAACUGAAUCAAAGCAUCAGCUGAAUGAACAUAAAGAGAGAUUGAUUACUCUAGGUUUUCCAAACAUAACGAUGGAUCUCCAUACACCAGAAUGCAAUUGCACGUCAAGUGUCUGCUCCAUAUUUUCACAAGGAAUAUACUACCUGUAUCCAUUUACAAUAGAAUACCAUAUUUUAGCCUCCACCAUGCUGUAUGUGUUAUGGAAGAACAUUGGACGCACAGUAAAACACCACCAGCAGCAGAAAAUCCAUUUUAAGUUCCAUGGUAUAACAGCUGGUACGGUAAUGGGGCUGCUUGUCCUCACGACGACCAUUGGUGUCCUUGUGGUAUAUCUGAUUCAAAUUGGACGUACUAAGAGCAAGAGUGAGAUGGCCCUCACUAUGUUUUACCUCUAUGCCAUCACAGUAUUGACACUCAUGUGCACAGCCGCUAUCAUAGGCCUCAUUAUAUACAGACUGGAAAAUAAAUCACUGGAUGACAGCGAAAGUCCUGCAAAGAAGUUAGACUCCGAUCUUUUAGUAGGUUCAUCUUGUGGGUCAUGGCUCAUAUCGUGGGGUUCAAUAUUAGCCAUAAUCUCCGCAGAGACUCACCCUGGUUACGCAUGGUAUAACCUGCCUUAUUCAAUACUGGUGAUUAUUGAGAAAUACAUUCAGAAUUUAUUUAUCAUUGAAUGUAUCCAUCGAAAAGAAGACGAAAAUGAUGACCGAACUGUUGAAAGGAUUUUUUCCGUGUCAAACCGCAGUACCUUGUCUCUCACGCCUUCCUAUGAAGUGUUCAAUGAAACUGUAACUAUUUGCAGCGAGUUUCCCUACAUGUCCAAUUCAAAUCUCGGGGAAGGUUGUGUGGAUAAGAAAAAUCAGGAAAAUAAUAAUUGUCUUAGACUUACACCAUCUAAUAUUUCUAUCCAUGCAUGUCGAUCUGCAAAGCUCAAUAAGAAGAGAAGAAUUCUUAAAAACAUUGCAGCAUUUUUGUUCCUUUGUAAUAUUUCCAUAGGAACAUGACUCAACAGUGGUGGUGAGCAUCUCAAACAGGUUAAUCUGUUUUAGGUCUGAAGCAGAGGGGACUAUCUUACUUUUGAAGGUGAGAACUCCUUGGAUCAAGUUGCUCGGAUCUUUUCACUGGCUAGAUCUUGUUUUUUACUGAGAGUAAUGGAAACAGUCCAUAACUCUUACAGGCAUGCUAAAGUUUUGAUUACAUAUCAGCCGGUCAUGUGUAUUGGCAAUUUAAUGGCUCCUGAUAAGCGAUCGAUGAAAUAUCCGCUGAUAACUUCCCACACAAGUAUCGAGAUAAGUGAGACUUACCUGUCAUAGCACGCUGACUCAAAUUGCAUAACCAGAUAAGUUAUUUUGAUCAGUCAGCACCAAGCUCUCUUUUUUUAUUAUUU